GGCCGGGGCCUCGCGGGGCUCCCGCCGCCCGCGGGGACCGGCCGCGCUCGCCAGACCUCUCCGUCCGGCCCGGCCUAGCGCCGGGGCGGCUUCUCGCGCUAGCGGCUCGGCCCGGAGCGCCCGGGCGCUGCUCUCCGUGGGCUCCGCCGCGUCCCGGAGCCGUCCGGUGGAGGCCGCGGGGGAAACCGGCCGCGGGACUCCCGGGGGCCAUGAGGCGGGCGGGCGGCGGCGGGGCCGCAACAUGAGCGGCUCCUGCCUGGGGCUCCGCAGAGCCUGCUUCCUGCUGUCCGUCACCGCCGCUGCCGUCCUCCUCCUGCUGCUGCCCCGCGGGCAGCCCCCCGCCGCGCCCCGCCGCCGCCCGCCGCCCGCCGGGCCCAGUGGAGCCGUCCCGAAGCGGGAGGCGCGGCCCGCGGGGAGCGGCGCGCCCGGGGAGCGAAGCGGCGGCUCGGGGGCCGCUGGGGGCGGCCGGGGCGUCGGCGGCAGCCCGUGGCCUGCGAGGAGGGUCCGCCUGGGGCCGCCCGGCGGCUCGGGCAGGGAGAGCCUGGAGUUGAAGGACAUCUUUAUUGCGGUGAAAACGACGAGGAAGUAUCACAAGACGCGGCUGGAGCUGCUGUUCCAAACCUGGAUCUCCCGGGCGAGAGGACAGACGUUCAUAUUCACAGACUGGGAGGAUCGAGAGCUGCGCCUGAAAGCAGGGGAUCAUAUGAUCAACACCAACUGUUCUGCUGUCCACACCCGCCAAGCUCUGUGCUGCAAGAUGUCUGUGGAAUAUGAUAAAUUCCUAGAAUCUGGACAAAAGUGGUUUUGCCAUGUGGAUGAUGACAACUAUGUGAAUCCACGGACUCUCCUGCGUCUCUUAUCUGCCUUCUCUCCUAGCCAGGAUGUCUAUGUGGGGCGACCGAGCCUGGACCACCCCAUCGAAGCAGCUGACCACGUCCAAAGCGAUGGAUCAAAGACAAGCGUGAAAUUCUGGUUUGCCACAGGUGGAGCAGGAUUCUGUAUCAGCAGAGGUCUUGCUCUGAAGAUGAGUCCCUGGGCCAGCCUGGGUAACUUCAUCAGCACUGCAGAAAGAGUGCGUCUUCCUGAUGACUGCACGAUUGGCUACAUCAUUGAAGGGCUGCUUGAAGUAAAGCUGCUGCACAGCCCGUUGUUCCAUUCCCAUCUGGAAAAUCUGCAGAGACUGCAGGGCGACUCUGUGCUGCAACAGGUAACUCUCAGUUAUGGGGACCCCGAGAACAAACACAAUGUUGUGAGUGUGGGAGGAGUGUUUGGACUUCAGCAAGACCCAACCAGACAUAUCUACAAAAGGAGGUCAACUUUGUACAGAAGCAAGACUGACUGGGUAAUUAUGGCAAGAAGGCAUUUAUUCAGCUGCAGCCUGGGACAUUCCAGAGAAGAAAAUCUUCUAUGUCUUGUUCUUUGGUCCAGUGGCUCUUCAUAUGAUGGCUGCAGUCAUAGCUGUACAAGUCACUUUAUGCUUUCAUCUGAUGUCACAUGAGCCCUAUCGUGAAUCUGCUUGGAUACAUCCUAGCAAAUGCAGUACUUAGAAUGAUAGCAUUCUUACUGCUGUUAGCAGCUUUCAGAGGCCGCUGUCUUGAAGCUGGAAUGUUUAAGCAGACUGCAGUCCCCAUGAUGAUGGGGGGGAUGAAGUUUUGCUUGUCUUCUUUGUGAACAGGACUUAAGAACUUCUGCGGCAUGCCAUGUUAUACCUCCUCCACCUGUGAGCUGAAACACGGUCUGUUUGUAAGCACCAGAAGUCCAGGAAUUGCUAGGGUAGACAAGGGUGAAAGCCUUUGUCAUGGGAAAAGCCCUGUGUAAGGGUAAACUGACUCAGGACUGCAUGAGAGUUGCUUACAGUGCACGUUCUUCCCAGCAGUCUUUGUGUACCUCCCAUGGAGGUGAUUGUCAGACUUGGCACUCUUACCACUGAAUGGCAGUGGCUGUUGAAGAUGAUGGUGGUCUGCUAGGUCCAAGACUAUUCCCUUGGUAUUUGAUACUGAAGAAGUAUUUGCCAGGCUAGUUGGUAACUGUUUCUCCUCCUUUGCCCUCAGCAGGUUAGGUGAGCUAGAGCACGCCCAUGGGCUGAUGAAACACCCUGUUUUUGAAGUAUCCUUUACUGCCUGUGAGGGAGGAGGAAUGCUAGAUAGCUGUAGCGCCGAGAAAGUUUUUGAUGAUAUCAUUUGAGGCCUUUUAAUGGUGUGUUUGUGGUUACCCCACUUCAGCUUCUUGAGGUAACCUUUGGAGACCAGUGUUUAUUUUUACUCUACAUCUUCAUGUUUCACUACGUAAUUCCAGCACUUGGUAAAAGGAAACUGUAUGCUGAUAGAAAAGCAAGAGUCCAAUGCUGUAGCAAUAUCACCUGCUGCUGCGCUGUAAAUCAAAUAGGCUUAGUUUUGAAAGUGGAAGAAUUGAAACUUCACAUGUUUAGUUUUGUUGCUCCCAACUUUGCCUUUGUGCAAUCUAUACCUGACGUGAAGAACAGCAUACAAAUGAUUUUGUAAAACCACUGAUUACUUUCAAACUCUUCAGAAAAUACUUGCAGGCUUAGUGCUAGAGGCUGAAUUAAGUGGAGAAUAAUAGCAUGAUGUUGUAUAACCUGAAACUAUGACUAAUGGCUAGAAUUCGGACCCAGCAAGUUUCAGAUUUCUAUCAGCUGUGCUGAGCUGUGCAUUUCAGCUAGUUGCUUAACUUCUUCCCAUUUGAGAAGUGGUAUCAUGUAGGCAAACACCUGCAGCGUAUUCAAGUAUGAAAUGUAGUGUAGGUGUCAGCCUCCUGUAAAAUAAUAUUCUCUGCUUUCUGUUUUUAAAGCAAACCUUUCAAGAACUGGAUACAUUGUCCUCUUUGCAUGAUUCUAUUUAAUUUUACAGAGGAGCCAACAAGCUGACUGCUUGCUACAGUCCAGCAGCUUGUUCCUAAUUUUCUUUAUCUGCUAAGGCAAUGCUUUGACCAUGGGGCACAGGAAUAAGAGUGCUGCAGGCAAUCGGAUCAAAGUCCAGCUAGCACAGUGGCUGUUUCAAAACAGGAACAUCUGUAACACUGACAGCCUCUCACAGAGCAUGGAGGACUUGUGGCAGGGUGGGCUGUGGGAUGUUCUACCUCUCCAUUAGGUGUUCUGCUCACUAGAACUGGGAUGCCCUGUGGUUCGAUGAUAUGUCAUUGAUAGCUCUGGAGAUUACUGGUAUCUAUAUAAACACUUUUUAAAAAACAUUUGGUGGGUUCUUGUUUUCAGCCUCUUCGUAGCAAAAAGUUGUGAAGCUGCAUAAGCACUUGGUGAGAUUUCAUCCUUAGUGAUCUCUGAAUUCUGCUGGAGCUUUUCUUCCUCUCCUACUAAGAGCAGCCUCCUGUCAGAUACUACAGACAGCACAAGCUGGGUAGUGAU